GAAAAUAUUUCCAAACCUUGCCGUAAACCCCAGAGCCUCUGAGGUUUUGACUUAAAAGUCAACCCCCACUCACACACCCCCUUUCACUUUCUCUCUCUUCCAAUGUUCGUCAAUUCUGCUCCACUUCACUCCUUCAACAAUGGAACCUCAAUUCUCUCUCAAACGCCACCAUUCUCACUCUCUCUCUAACCCAACAUUAUCAUCUUCCUCUUCUACUCCACCUUCUCAACAACUCAUACCCUCCGAAAAUGGCGGCGAAACCCAAUUCCGAAUCCUCUGUCCCUCCGCAAAAGUCGGCGGUGUCAUCGGAAAAGGCGGCGCCGUAAUCCGCCAACUUAGGGAUGAUACCGGUGCUCGAAUUCGCAUCGUUGAUGAUCUUCCCCCCUUUUCGCGCUGCGAUGAAAGGGUAAUUCACAUCAUCGCCGAUUCGAAAAACCCUAACCCUAAUUCUGGGGAGGAGAGGGAAGAAGGGUCGAUUGCGCAGGCGGCGUUGGUGAAGGUGUUUGAGAGGAUAUUGAAGGUUGAUGAAGAGAGGAGUGAGAAGAAUGAGAGUGAGAAAAUGGAGGAUGAGAGGAGAGAGAAUAAUGGGAAUGGAAAUGGUGGGAGUAGUAGUGGGAAUGGUGGGCAAUCUGGGCAUAUUGUUUGUAGAUUGUUGGCGCCGAGUAAUCAAGUUGGGUGUGUUCUUGGAAGAGGUGGGAAGAUUGUGGAGAAGAUUAGGCAAGAGAGUGGUGCUCAAGUUAGGGUUUUGCCUAGGGAGCAACUUCCUGCUUGUGCUUCUCCUGGGGAGGAAUUAAUUCAGAUGGCAGGAAAUUUUCAAGCUGUAAAGAAAGCUCUCUUGUCUGUUUCAAGUUGUCUUCAGGAGCAUCCCAAAGCUGAUAUGUUUCAAGGACCAAAUCUUGCUAGUCAGACAGAUUCUUUUCCUCAAAGAGGUGCACAUGCUGCUGAUCAUAGCCAUAGGAUAGCUCCAGAAGAUGAUGUUGUUUUCAGAUUGCUAUGCCAAGCAAGUAAAAUUGGCAGUUUGAUAGGAAAGGGUGGGUCCAUUGUACGGGCAAUUCAAAAUGAAACUGGGGCAUCAAUCAAGAUAGGAGAUACUGUUUCUCCUGAUUCAGAUGAACGGGUUGUAUUCGUAUCAGCACGAGAGAGUAUGGACCUGAAACACUCUGCUGCUCAGGAUGCUGUCAUCCGUGUGCACAGCCGAAUAGCAGAGGUCGGAUUUGAACCAGGUGCUGCAGUUAUUGCCCGGCUUCUUGUCCAUUCACAACAAAUAGGUUGUUUGUUGGGUAAAGGAGGCCUAAUUAUUGCUGAAAUGAGACGACUUACUGGUGCUAGUAUUCGAAUUUUUGGCAGGGAACAAGGCGUGAAUCCUAAUAUCCAAAAUGAUGAAGUUGUGCAGGUUAUUGGAAGUUUGCAGUCAGUUCAGGAUGCUUUAUUUCAGAUUACUAGUAGGCUUCGGGAUGUUUUGUUUCCCCCGAAGCAGCACCUUUCUCAUGUUAGUAGCUCGCCUUACUUCACUACCUAUCAGGAAUUACCAUCUCCUUCAUUUCGCCCUAGACAUGAUCAGGCUUCUCCUGGUCAUUAUCAUUCACCAGUUGGAUUACCUCAUGCAUAUGACAAUCGUUCUGCUGGCCAAGGGCAAGCUCAUUCAUCAUUUCCACAUGAAAUGGAUAGAGUUGAUGGACCUAGUGGCGAACAUGACCACCAUCAGUAUGGUAGUGAUAGAGCUUCUUAUGGCCUGUCAUUUGAGAAGCCAGCUUCACCUAAAGUGUGGCAUCCCCAGGCUGCUGACUAUGGGAAUCCUAGCAGAUAUUCUGACACAGUCGCUGGGUCUUCAAGUAUGGUUGCAAAAAAUAAUGAAAGUGGUCAGAUGCCGAUGGUGACAUCUGUAGAAAUUGUAGUUCCACAGAUAUUGCUACCUCAUGUUUAUGGAGAAAACAAAACUAAUAUUGGACAUAUAACACAGUUUUCUGGAGCAGAUGUAAUUGUUCAUGAUCCUAAUCCUGGUGCUACUGAGGGUCGAGUCGUUAUAUCAGGAACUCCAAGUCAACUGCACACCGCUCAAAGCCUUGUUCAAGCCUUCAUCUUCUGCAGUCAAGCAUUUUGAUAACCCCCUUAUACAACUCGCAUGCAGUUCAGAUAAUUACAGUUGAAGACAAGAUGUACAUUAUUGAGCUAACCUCUUUGUAACUUACUCUCAAUUUUGUUUGUUGAAUUGCUGUUUUAGACCUUUCAGUAAAAAGGAGCUGAAGCUCCAUCAUAUUAAACCAUUGAUGUAUAUUUUCAUAGAUUUAUUAAAUUGGCCAAUUGGUCUAUCAUUUUUUUAAUCCUAUUUCUAGUGCUUUAUUAGAUAUCCAACAAUUGUGUGGAUGAUGAUGUUUAAAACUUCCUUUCAAUUUGUAUAUUUAAUACAUGUACAUUAGGGGUUGUUUGGUUGAA